AUUAAAUUGUAUCUGCCAAGCGAGCAAGUAGCAUCCAGACUCUGUCCAGGGUCCACUACCAAGCUGUAUCCCGUACCUGCCCCUUUUCCCGUGACUAUCACGCUAACGCUAUUUGGACAUAAACCGAAUCGCCCCCCCUCCUUUUUGUCUCUCCCUGACUUCUUCUUCCCCAGUCUUUCCAACCACAGCUCUCCUUUCUUGAAGUUUUCUCACACCCGAGGGAUUCGUUCUCUCCACAUUCAUUUGAAAACCGCUGUUCUUUCUUCGACUCCGACAAACGCGCGACUACCUUUGAAGUGA